CUCGACACGAGCCGCGCGAGGUUUGCCUCCGGAGCUGCGCCGUCAAUUGCUCAUUGCGUUGAUCAAUGCAUGAUGCAAGGUGCUGCAUGACCUGUUCUUUUCAGUAAGGGCCUCUCAAAAGCCCGUGCCCAGCAGAGGCAUUCAUGCGUGAUCGCAGCUCGUUUUGAGAACGAUAUCAAGGGAGAGUUUCUAGAAUUUUCUGCUGAUGUUUUCCAAGCUUCCCUUGGGUCUCUUCUCAGAAGCCCGUGCCCAAUAGCUCAUCAAGGAGUGAUCACAGUUCCAUUGAGGACAAUUGCGAGGGAGAGUUCCAGAGUUUCUGCUGCAGCCCGCAGAUUAGCUGCGUGUGAGCCAGUUAAAUCAUAAGCAUAAAGUAAGGGAGGGAGGAAACAUUCCCACUCUUCUAAAUCGGCUCAGUCUGCUCAAUCUUCCAAUGUGAGCGUAUGGCGCGAGUCGAAGCUGCAAGCACUUGGAAGAUUUGGAAGGGGUACGUGGACACCCCGGAGGGCCAGGUGCACUACCACCGCUGCGGAUCGGAUGGCGCACAUCCCCUGAUCUUGCUGCACCAAUGGCCGGAUGGGGCGACACAAUGGGAUCCAAUGUUGCCAGUGCUUGCUGCUAAGGGCUUCCUUGCUAUAGCGCUGGACAUGCCGAUGUUUGGACAGUCCUACAAACCAGAGGAGGAGCCAGAUUUGGGGGGCUUUGCAGAAGGUGUCCUGGCCGCGGUGCAAGCCCUGGGGUAUCAAGGCCCAAUGGACUAUGUGGGGCACCACUCCGAGGUGCCGGGGUGGCCAUGUGGCUAGCCGCCAACCGCGUCGACUCCGUCAAACGACUGGUCCUGUGGGGUGUCCCCGUGCUUACCCCGGAGCUCUUCCGGCGAUUCAAGAAUGAGGCGGCGCCGGUUUACGACGACGACGGAGAAACGAUAGCCGCCGCCUGGAAAGCCACGCGACUAGCCAUGCCCUCGCUGUCAACAGAUCGGGCGUUGGGCGUCCUGGUUGGACGGCUGCAGAUGAAAACCGAUGCCGUGUGGAUGCACCAUGCGGUUGCGGACACUGACUUCGAAGAGCUGGCGACUCAGGUUCAACAACCGGUUCUUUGCCUAGCAAGCGACAAGGAGAUACUGGGCCCAAACACACGCAAAUUGACAGGUUAACCUGGAGGCAUUGCGCCCGCUGGGCUCGAAGGCUGCGGACCCUGAAUCGCAAAGUAAUCCAGACCUUGAUCUCCACAACAAGCACUUCCAUCUUUAUCGGUUAGUGCACAGAAUAAAGAAGGGAGCCGGGAAAGUGAAGCAGGGGGAAAGUCGAGCAAUAUGGUCAGAGUAAGUGGUUAGUCUGCGUGUUUGCUUUCUUGCACAUUAAGUGGAGUUACAAUGCAUGCUCAUAACCGGGUUUCAUCCGAC